AUGGAGACUGAAUCCUUCGUCGAUAAGAUCGAAGAGAAGUUUCACGACAACAACUCCGGUUCAGAUUCAUAUUCCGAUUCCGACGAUGAUCGCAAUAACAUCCACUCCAAGAAGCCACCACUACCCGCCUCUAAAGUUAACUCUGUUUACCGUCUUCUCGGUCGCGAUCGCCCCGUUCAUAUGGUCUUAGGUGGUGGAAAACCUGCCGAUAUUUUACUAUGGAGGAACAAGAAAUUAACGGGAAUGGCACUUGGUGCUGGCACUGCCUUGUGGGUUUUCUUUGAGUUGAUGGAAUACCACCUCAUAACUCUUAUCUGCCAUUUACUGAUUUUGUCUCUUGGGGCCCUUUUCUUGUGGACUAAUGCAUCUGUCUUUAUCCACAAGUCUCCGAUGCAAAUCCCAAAUAUUUCGAUUCCUCAGGAAUCCAUUAUCGAGGCUGUUACUGUUCUGAGAAUUGAGCUUAACCGAGGCUUCACUAUUUUUCGGGAAAUUGGAACUGGGAGAGAUAUUAGGAAGUUUCUUACCGUUGUUGGUGUAUUGUGGGUUAUCUCAGUCAUUGGGAGCUGGUUCAAUUUCUUGACAUUGUUUUAUCUAUUCUAUCUAUCACUGUUUACACUGCCACUGGUGUACGAGAAAAACGAAGACCAGGUUGACGCACUAGCUGAGAAGGCAAUGAUCGAGAUCAAGAAACAGUAUGCGGUGCUUGAUGCUAAGGUUUUGAGCCAGAUACCGAUCGCAGGGUUGAAAAAGGAUUAGAAUACAUUAUCUGUCAGGAUUAGCUGUUUUGUUCAGAUGUCGAAUUUUAUAAGUCUGUCUUACUGCAUCUUCUCUCCUCUUUUGAUUAAUUGAGUGAAAAAUCGUUUGAGGAAUAAAAGUCCUUCUAGUCCCAGCUUUAUUUUUAGGUUUAUCUUGAAUUCUUUAUCAGUAGCCUUAAAUUAUUAAAUGUCAAAGCAUCAACAUUUUGUUGUAUACAUUGACUUGAUGAACGUG